CUUUCCACCUCAGUCCGGAUUGAAUCUGCUUUCAACCUCCAUCUCGCUUUCUGUUCCUCUACCAUCAUCUUGACAACACCCCCCCGCCUGCCUACUAUCCUCGAUCUGCUGGCUCACCUUCCCCUUCUACGGCUAGCAAUACACUGAACUGAAUCCCUAAAUUGGUGUGCACCUGUUCAUCGCUUGUACAAAUGCCUCCAUCACCGCCCCCAGAAUCCAGCGCUUCGAGUUACCCACAGAGAGCUCCAUCUCCUGCGCCUCGUCCCGGGUCUCCUCGUUCCACCACCCCAGCUCUCCGCGAACAGGCCACCGUUCGGUUGGGCUCUCCCGUUCUCUCGCAUGGGUUUCCCACGGCUUCCACCCCAAGGCCUAGUUCCCCGGUGAUUGGCGCGUCGAAUCCCCUCGCUCAGAUAAGUUGGGCCGGUUCUGGCGGAACUCCCCCGAGAUUUGGAACCCCCCCACGACUGGGCACUCCCACUAGGUAUGGGACACCCCCGCCCGCAAACUUUGGCUCUGGGUUUGGCAUAAAUAUUGCGAAUUCGUCAUCGAAACCGCCCAGUGUACAUUAUGGUUCGUUUGACUCGCGCCAGCCGAUUGAAGACCCGGAGGUUGUGCGGAGGCAUUUGGUGACCGAAGAUCCGUCGAUUACAAGUCUGGUUGGGGGCAGCUCGUCCGGUGGCCGGGGCGCUGGUGGUGGGUUGGAUGAGGAGUUUUCGUCACUACAAUUGCAGGGUGGGGACAUCACUCGCCCGAUUUACAGGUACGUUGAGAGUAUAGAGGCGACUGGGGGCAGGCGAAGCAGGUCACGAUCAUUCCAUGUGCCUCGCCCUGAGCCAGAGGAUGAUACCCUGGACAUCAGUAGCAUCAAGCAGAUUGGAGGGUUUAGAAGGAAUUACAUCCGCCGGAAUGAAGGUGCCAGCCCAACUGGUGAUGGCCAUGGAACCCAGCCUGGAAGACCGUUUUUGACCAGGAAUUUUAUCGAGUUCUUGACUUUACAUGGCCAUUUUGCGGGCGAAGAUUUGGAGGAAGAUGAUGAGGCCUGGACAAGUGACGAGGCGCUGAUAGCGGAAGAGGGACGGCGAGGCCAGGAUGAGGAAGAGCCUGGCGAAGGUAGUGCGCUGCUUGCCGGUAGAGCUCGGGCUUCUGGUAGGAGGAGAUCGAGAAGUAUCUCCCAAGGGACCGCUGGGUCCGGCAAGGCGAUACUCUUACUUCUUAAGAGUUUCGUUGGAACAGGAGUUCUGUUCCUACCGAAAGCGUAAGUCCUGUGAGCAACAUUAUGGGCUCAGAGUGUAGUUCUAACGAAUUACAGAUACUCGAAUGGCGGAAUGUUGUUUUCCAAUUUGGUCUUACUUUUUGUUGCCGCAUUGUCAUACUACUGCUUCGUAUUGUUAGUGAGGACCCGACUGAGCGUAGCCGGUAGUUUUGGCGACAUCGGUGGGAUAUUAUACGGAGAGAAGAUGCGUUUCUUGAUCUUGGGUUCUAUCAUCCUUUCACAGAUCGGGUUUGCGGCUGCCUACAUCGUGUUUACGUCCGAAAAUCUCCAAGCUUUCAUCCGUAAGUGCUUCCGGACUCGGCGUAUUUCCAUUUAGCUAACAAUAUCUAGUCGCGGUAACAAACGGUGAAAGGUUGAUUGAAAUCAAAUACCUGAUUCUCACGCAACUUAUAGUUUUCCUCCCAAUGUCCAUGAUUCGAGAUAUGGCGAAAUUGGGGGGGACUGCCCUCAUUGCCGAUUUUUUCAUCAUGCUCGGACUCAUCUAUCUCUAUUACUAUGACUUUUUCACCUUGGCUACUGAGGGUGUUUCUGACGUUGUCAACUUCAAUAAUAAGGACUGGACGCUGUUUAUUGGAACUGCCAUCUUCACUUUUGAGGGGAUCGGUCUUAUUAUUCCCAUCCAAGAGACAAUGAAGCAUCCCCACAAGUUCCCGAAGGUGUUGGGUGGAGUUAUGGUCAUUAUUACGGUCAUUUUUGUUAGCAUGGGUGCCCUGAGCUAUGCUGCUUAUGGUAGUGGGACUAGGACUGUUAUCAUCUUAAACUUACCACAGGACGAUAAAUUUGUUAAUGCGUGAGUACUGGUGUCGGUAUUCGUUUGGGCGCUGGCUAAUAUCUCUCCAGUGUCCAGUUCCUUUACUCUUUGGCUAUUCUGUUGUCGACGCCACUGCAGCUCUUCCCUGCUAUCAGGUUUGUUGAUAUAUUGGUCUUUUUUUGUGAUAGACGGCGCCUAAUUUUGAUCUAUAGAAUUAUGGAAACCGGCCUCUUCCCUCGCAGCGGUAAAAACAACCCCUCUGUUAAAUGGCAAAAGAACACCUUCCGCUUCAUCACAGUUUUUGUCACCGCUCUCAUCUCUUGGGGUGGUGCCGAUGAUCUUGACAAGGUACAUCCAAGCCCCACUUCCGUUGUUCCACACCACUGAUAUUAUAAUUCCUAGUUUGUUGCCUUGAUCGGAAGUUUCGCAUGUAUCCCCCUCGUAUACAUUUAUCCACCUCUCCUGCAUAUGCGAGCGCUCAAUACCUCAAACAUCAUGAAAGCUGCCGAUAUAGGCCUUUGCAUUUUUGGUUUUGUUGUUAUGGCGUACACAACUGCGCUAAAUAUCAAGAAAUGGUCGGAUCCAAAUCAAUAAUUGGGGCUGGAGAGGUCCCAUGUCCCAAGCUAGAAGACGGUAUGGGUUGUUUGUUCACAAUCAUGAAGCAGUCAUUUGUUGGGGGCUAACUAUCAUUCCUCUUUGCUUUUUUUUCUUUUUUCCUUCUCCCUUGUGGUAAUCUGAGGGUAAUUUGUUUUGCUUCCUUUUUCCGCCCCUUGUUAGCUUCCUUCGUUUUCCUAUGGAAUCCAGUGCCUCUACCUUUUACGAGUUUUUCUUCUUCCCUUUUUCUUUCCCUUGUUGAGGCGGUGGCGGUGACGAUGGUUGUGGAUUAGAGGGCUUUUACAGUAUGGUGUGGAUGGAUGGGCAUUGUAGUGUUGGAGUAGUGUAGUGAACAGGGGGCCUGUGAUUUCUAGAUUCAAUUGUUCAUGAACCUUUAUCUGUUCCCUUAAAUGAUAAACUGGAUUUAUCUA